AGGAUAACGCUGUUAACGACCAGUUGUUGCUGGUGGUUGUUAGCUGCCACCGGGACACCGAAAAAGCGGAUGUAGCUAGCCGCCUCCGCUUACCUUACAGUAACAUCUGCAUUGAGUAGCCUUUGAAUUUCUGGAGGCAUGUCCAAGAAAAGGGGCAGAAAGCGGAGUAGCGGGGAACUGAGUGACACAGUAAGCCCUGACCCCAACAGCAUUCUGGGAGUCCGCAUUCAGCAUAACUGGCGUGAGAAGGGCAACCAGAGUAAAUGGAAGGGAACGGUGCUGGACAGACUUAGUGUAAACCCUUCUCUCUUCAUGGUGAAGUACGACGGCUUUGACUGCGUUUAUGGCAUCGAGCUGUUCAAGGAUGAGAGAGUGUCAAACCUGCAAGUCCUGUCGGAAAAAGUUGUAAACAACAAAAUCAAGAUACCUCCAGGGGCGGAGGAGCUGGUGGGUAAAGCUGUGGAGCAUCUGUUUGAAAAGGAGGAUGGAGAGAAGAAUGAGUGGAGAGGCAUGGUCCUCUCCAGAGCCCCAAUCAUGACCAACUGGUAUUAUAUCACUUAUGAAAAGGACCCCGUUCUUUAUAUGUACCAGUUGUGGGACGACUAUGCUGACGGAGACCUCAGGAUUCUGCCUGAAGCAGAAAACAAGCACCUGUUGCCUGCAGACAGGAAGCCAGGAGAAGAGACGGAGAGUCUGGUGGGGAAACAAGUGGAGUAUGUUACUGACAAGGGUGUGAAGAGGACGGGCCUGGUUAUCUACCAGGUCCCAGCCAAGCCCUCUGUCUACUAUAUCAAAUAUGAUGAUGACUUUCAUAUCCAUGUCUAUGACCUGGUCAAAACCACCUAGAAAUAGUGGACACUUAAUCUCACUCUCCAGCCUCCUUCCAUCUGUUUCUGUUUCACUCAUCAUUAUAAACUGUUAUUUAAAGCCAUGGCAGGGUUGAAUAGUUAAUGUGCUUUAUUGUUCAGAAGACAGUGCAAUCUUUUUUUUUUUCUUUUUUUUUUGUAUGCACAGCAGAACUGUAGCACCGCUAUGCUUGGCUAUUGCGAGGAGGGAGUCAACCUGUUUUACUGCUGCUCUACUUUAUACGUUUAAGUUUGGACAGUUCAAGAUCGCGCUGCCCAACAGCUCCAAUGUGCAGUUGUUACUGCACUUCCAUUGUUGUUAUCCUUGAGAUAACUGACUAACAAAGCUGCACAAAAAAGCCUUUUAAAGCCACAUUUCUUUGGAUUAUCUAAAUAGCCAAUAAGCAUGCUACAGUAUACACAUUAUGUUUGGAAUAGAUCCCUUCCAUUGACGCACUUAUUGAAUCAUAGGGCCGGUAAAUAUGAAUACUUUAUUUAUCUAACAAUAAUAUCAAAUUCAAUGUUAGUAUUGGAAGAGAUGAAUGGAAUCAGCGUUGUAAAAACCACCGUAAUGUUAUAUUUUCAGAAGCCAUUCCAGUGAAUUAUGCUCAUGUGGAAAUAUACUCCUGCACCUUUGUACCACAUUUAGUAUUGUUGUAUCCAUGGCUUUAUGAAUUGGCUACAUAAUAAACUAUGUGAUUCAUGCAGGGCAUCUCGUCUUUUAACCUUGAAGGAAGGUUUGUACAAAGGCUCUAACAGCACAAGGAACAUCAGAUCCUCAGUGCUGUAGAUGAAGAUGCACUCCUGUUUAAAUUUGAAUCCACAAAAAUCAUAAAGUGCCUUCAGGCUUGUCAUUUUGCAAUAUUGCACAUAUAUUAUCUCUGAAUAUCUGCGCUCUUAAUGAAUCAUUGUGUAUGAAGGCUGCUAUUUGGUUUUCAUUCAAACUCUUAACAGUAUGGUGACACUGACAGCUCGAGGAAAGUUUUGUGAUCAUCAGUUUAUAUUAAGUGUUGUGUUUUGAUCUUUAUGCAGUAUGAAAAUGUUCUUUAAAUAUAACACGCAUCAUCAAUGGUUGUAUAAUCUCACUGUUAAUAUUGUGGGGAGCACUUUAUUGUAUAAAGUUUACAUGUUUAGGUUAAGAUAUGCUACGUAGUUUUCCCCCAAAUGCUUUUUUCUUUAGGAGCAAAUGUGGCAGAAUAUGCUUUACAUCAAACGCAUGAAGAUAAACAGGGAAAAAAAAAAAUUGUUGCAAUACAUUCAGAUGACAGUAUUUAAUCUGUACAACUUGUGUAAAAUGCCUUGUAAUUUUACCUGUUGUGGUUAUUCUCAUUCAUAUGAAUAUCUCAUCAAAACACCACCAGCUUUUAGUAAAAGUGUUAAUAUACAUACAUUAUAAACAGAAUAUUUCACAGGUAUAAUCAACUGACAACUAACUCUGGUUCUGGUCUUUACUUUGUCUCUCAGUCUUGCAACUUGACAUUUAUGCUUGCAGUAUGUAUCUCAACCCAACUGUCACUAUGUCCUAGUUGCUGAAUUGGUUUUGGCCUUCUUCAUGUCAUUCAGAGUAUCCCCCUCAGUAAACUAGUCAGCCAGUAGGUAUACUGUUACUGUUAUUUUUGGCUGUCAAGACUCCGCAUGCACCAUCAUCUGCAUAGAGUGCCUGGAGACUUUCAAACCUCAGUUAUUUAGUCGGUGGAGAAGUAACAAUGUGUGGCUGAAUCAGUAACGUUUGCUUAACCCGCAUUAAAAUAAAAAACAAUCCAAAAAGAAAAAAAGAGAGAGGUUAACAUCGUACAUCACCACCGGUGGGGCUGUGGAGUGUUUCUGUGUUGUGUAGAGUGGAAUUACAAAUGACUGUGUGCGCUCUUUUUUUCAUGCUUUUAAUCACCUCCUCCUGCUCUGAAGUUGUAGCAGCACCAACAGGCAAUUUGUGUCAUAAUUAUUCUGUCAUGGGUAAUAAAGACUUUUGCACAUUU